AUGUGCGAAGUGGGGACGCGGCCGCCGCUGGCCGCCGAGCGCGGGGAGCCGCCCGGGGGUGCCGCCGCCGCCGCCGAAAGGUGCCGAGAUAUGGGGGAACAGCCCAUCUUCACCACCAGAGCCCAUGUCUUCCAAAUUGACCCCAGCACGAAGAAGAACUGGGUUCCCGCAAGCAAGCAGGCUGUAACUGUUUCCUACUUCUAUGACAGCACGAGAAACAGCUAUCGGAUUAUCAGUGUGGAUGGAGCCAAGGUGAUCAUAAACAGCACAAUCACACCUAACAUGACCUUCACUAAAACAUCUCAGAAGUUUGGCCAGUGGGCAGACAGCAGAGCAAAUACUGUGUUUGGUUUGGGCUUUCCCUCCGAGCAGCAGCUGACAAAGUUUGCAGAGAAAUUCCAAGAAGUAAAAGAAGCUGCCAAACUAGCAAGGGACAGAUCUCAAGAGAAAAUUGAGACCUCAAGCAAUCAUUCCCAGGAAUCCGGACGUGAAACACCAUCUUCCACUCGAGCAUCUAGUGUGAAUGGGACAGAUGAUGAGAAGGCAUCACAUGGUGGUCCUGCUGAGGCACAUCUCAAGUCUGAGAAUGAUAAAUUAAAACUUGCUCUAGCCCAAAGUUCAUCCAAUGUGAAGAAGUGGGAGACAGAGCUGCAGACGCUGCGGGAGAGCAAUGCCCGGCUGAGCACAGCACUGCAGGAGUCUGCCACCAGCAUCGAGCACUGGAAGAAGCAGUUCUCAGCCUGCAAGGAGGAAAACGACCAGCUCAGGAGCAAGAUUGAAGAACUGGAGGAACAGUGCAAUGAAAUAAAUAAAGAGAAAGAAAGAAAUGCACAGCUGAGCAGGCGUCUCCAGGAACUGGAAACAGAACUUCAGGACAAAGAGCUGGAACUGGAAGAGCUCCGAAAGCAGGGUGAAGUUAUACCACAGCUCAUGUCAGAGUGUGAAACUGUAUCUCAACAAUUACAGGCUGCUGAGAAAAAGAACAAAGAUCUCGAAGAGAAAGUCAGAACACUAAGGACAGAAGUUGAAGAGAGCAAACAUAGGCAGACCAACCUUAAAACUGAAUUAAAGAAUUUUUUAGAUGUACUAGACGGGAAGAUAGAUGAAUUACAUGACUUCCGACAAGGACUGUCCAAACUCGGGGUUGACAAUUAGAUGGCAAUAGAUUUUUCUUGUUUCCUUUUUGUAAUCUAGGGUCUGGAUGUUUGAUGUUUU